AUGAACUGCACAGAGUCCACUCUGGCGGGGAACGCCGGUCUCGUGGCGGCUCUGGUGGCGCUCUCAGAGUCUUCAGCGGCAUUGGACAGGAGGAGCAUCUUCAACGUCCUACCUCCGGCGUACUCGGAGUCGCUGCCUCCGCCGGCCCAUGGACGCCAUAGAGCCCACUUUAGCGGGGAACGCCGGUCUGUCUCGUGGAGCUCUGGUGGCGCUCUCAGAGUCUUCAGCGGCAUUGGACAGGAGGAACAUCUUCAACGUCCUACCUCCGGCGUACCCGGAGUCGCUGGCUCUGCCGGCUCUGUGGACGCCAUAAGUUUAUUACUUAUUUGUUUUCUUUCAUUUCAGUUUUAA